ACUACACACACUGUCAUUGAGUUGCUGCUACGAAAUGAAAGGACGUGGGAAAUUACUCAAAUCACAAUGUAGCCUGAAGUGAAUGCAUUCUUUUUUCCAGUCUGAAAACUUAAGCAUCUCAAAAAGAAGCACUACUAAGAACUCUCUGGGUAACUACUUUUAUUUUCUGGAACUUGGAAGAAAGACAAAAAGCCUUUGACUUGGAUGACUAGCUGAGGAUAUAUUUUAUGAAUGAAACAUCACUUAGAUGGGCAGCUCACUGAACCAGCUGGGACCAGGCUGCUGAAGAAUGACCAAGGUUAAAGAGGCACUAAAGAUAAGCUGGAGGUCACCACAAAUGGCUUUGAGAAGACACCAAAGGUGAGUCCCUGGACCAAGAAUGUCUAAGCAGUUAAAGGUAGAUUCUACCUACUCAGGAGAGAAUUAAACUCCCAUGUUAUAUGUUGACUGUCACCAUCUGGAAAGAGCUGGACCCAGUCACUGGGGGUUUACCUAUGGGCAACACAAACCACAAUGGUCAUCCUCAUCAACAGCAGCAACAUAAAGAGUGACAUUAGGUCCUAUCUUUUAGAAGACUUGGAGGACCUGAGCACCUCCAUCAUGAUUUCUGGCUCUUUGAACCCGCCUUUGUUGAAGAUUGUCCAAGAUGCCACCACAAUUAGUCCUAUGCCCACCUCCAGCUUCCUAAGUGAAAACGAGACCCAGUGUUGGGAGCAAAUCCUUAAUUAUGGUCAUUUUGAGAAGCUCGUCAUAGGAGCCAUCCUGUCUCUUAUCACUUUGCUGACUAUUGCAGGGAAUUGCCUAGUAGUCAUUUCUGUCUGUUUUGUCAAGAAACUUCGGCAACCUUCUAACUACUUAAUUGUGUCGUUGGCAUUAGCUGACUUGUCCGUGGCGAUCGCUGUCAUGCCUUUUGUCAGUGUCACCGACCUGAUCGGGGGGAAAUGGAUUUUCGGGCACGUCUUUUGCAACGUCUUCAUUGCUAUGGAUGUAAUGUGCUGCACAGCUUCUAUUAUGACUUUAUGUGUCAUUAGCAUCGACAGGUAAGACUGCGCCAAUGUACACCUGUGUAUUGUAUCUUUGUCUUC